AGUCCCGAUCAGUUCUCACUUCUCUUUCUAAGUUUUUUUUCUUUCAACAUUGAACACUUUUUUCCCCUUUUCUUUCACAAAUCAGCAUACCAGAGGAGUAUCAUUUUUAACUACAGUAUGGUUCUAAAAAGAAAGCAGAAUUCUGGAUGUCACCACCUUAUGUUUUUGACUAUAGUUUGCUGUAUGUGAUAGGGCAACAUAUUUUGGGUAUUCUUUGGGGCAACAAAAGUUCAGGGCCGGGCAAUUACUAGGAAUAUGGAUUUGGAGAAAAAGGUGAAAGAGGAUGAGAAAAUCGAGAUAAGAAUAGCCGGAGGCAAAGAAGACGAAGAAAAGAAGAUAAAAACCUCAGGCAGUAGUAAUGAGUUCAAGCAAUUUGAUAUCAUCCCGAAAGUGUUCAAUAAAGAUGACUCAAUCUUUAGUGAUCACUAUUAUUACAGAGAUAAGCCUACAAAAGACUUUAGCAUCCGAACAAAUAAUAGUAUAGAGAAAGAAUGGUGCAUCUUGAAACAAGGACUACCAGAUUCAAUCUUUGUCAGGGUUUACGAGGGAAGAAAAGAUCUCUUAAAUGCUGUAAUCAUCGGACCAAAAGGUACUCCUUAUCAUGAUGGUCUCUUCUUUAUAGAUAUUCAGUUUCCUCUUGAUUAUCCUAAUAGACCCCCUAAACUUCAUCAUCGAACCAUUGGUAUGAGGUGUAAGACAAAAUAUUUCCCUUUACCACAAACUUGUUGGGAUCCAUGUCAAUCUACUGUCUUACAAGUUUUAGUUGCGAUAUAUCAAAACCUGAUCUUUAGUACAAGACUGAUCGAUCUUAAGGGAGAUAUAGUUGCUUAUAAAGAGAGAAGAGUUGAUACGGAUAUUCAUAGCAGCUUUUCGUAUAGCUAUUUUUGGUGGCGUCGGAAUAAUAUGAGUAUUUUUGUGUCAAGUUGUAUGAAUAUGGUGGCUGUUCUUAAGAAUCCACCCAAGUGUUUCGAGGAAUUCGUUGCUCAACAUUUUCGUGAUCGUGCGAAAAUUAUUUUAAAUGCUUGCUUAGAUUAUAACGUAAGUUAUAUACCUGCUAAUUCUACAAAUAUCUUGAAGUAUCAUGAGGCUGCUGCUACAACCACAGGCAGUCCAACUAGAAGGAUGUCAGAUAUUUUUUACGAAGAGAUGUAUGGUACUUAUGUCAGUCUUCUAAAGGCAUUUAUAAAGAAUGGAUCUGAUUCAUUGGAAAACUACAAGGUAGCUAUGGAUCCCAGGAUCAAAGAAAUGGGUUUUGCUCUUUUGAUUUGUAUUGUGGUGUCGAUUCUGGUUACGUUAGUUGCCAAGAAAUUUCAUUGGUUUGGUAUUGCGUAGCAUUUGGAAAUUUUGUUGCAUCAGAGGGAAUAUCUUUGUGAAUCUCUCGUGCUUACCCAUAACUGAGCUCAACAACAGACGACAUGGCUUCUCUAGGAGUACCGGAUGGAGCUUUGUGCUUGUGUCUGUGUUUUUAGCAUGAUUGCAUUUUUAUAUUUGGUGUUUAGGGCAAACUUCUUAUAUCCUCUCUUUCUGUUUUAUCAAACUCAUAAGGGUCUGCUAAACCCCUCUUCCUUUACAAUAUGAGUAUUUCUUUUUGUUUCAUAUUAUGAGUGUUAAGAAAUAUAAUCGAGAAGAUUUUUAAGUCUUUGUA